AAUAAAGAUGGUUCACUCUCGUUCUAACCAACAGACCACUUCCAUGGCGCGGUCAUCGCCGAUUUUCCGGAAACGAGGCGGUGGCGGUUUGGGGCUCACCGCCGUGGCAUACAUCGGCGUUGACUAUCUGCGCCACCUGUCUCCGUCUUGGCACGAGCUACUACAGCCUUUGCUGUGGAUCGUACUCGCACUAAUCGCAAUUACACGUGUUCCUUUUUAUAAGCACUGGUCAGCUGAGCUUCGUUCAGCUCUGAUGUUCCUGGCCGCUUUGGUUUUCAUGCUCUGCACCUUGCUUUAUGAAAUGAUAUCCGUUCGUUCUGUUACCGCCGUCCUCGGCCUGACCUGGCACGGGAGUACUUCACCUCUUCCUGAUACUGGGCAGUGGAUACUGUUGGGAUUGAAUGAGAAACUUCCUCAAGUGAUUGUCAAUAUACUCAGGGCUCGAAUAGUUGGGUUGCAUCAUUACCUGAUGCUGUUUGUAAUGCUUGGUUUCUCUGUGCUGUUUGGCUCCAUAGAAGCUCCUGGUCUUGGGAUAGGUGCACGAUAUAUGUUCACCAUGGCAAUAGGACGAUUUUUGCGAGCCAUAAGUUUUGCAUCUACAAUUCUGCCAUCACCUCGACCUUGGUGUGCUGCAAGUCGGUUUGAUGUCCCUCAACAUCCACAUCGUUGGGCACAGAAAUUUUAUGUCCCUUAUGCUUCUGAUUCCGCUGCCAUAAAGAAUGUCAUUCAUCAAGAUAUGGUGUAUGACCAUGGUGUUGUACAAGAUGAUGAGUAUCGACCAAAUUGGGGGUUCAUGAGCUUCCUUGCUGAUUUCCUCCGACCUCUUCCUGACGGAGAGCCUGCAUGGAUCAAUUUGCUAAAGAAAGCUGGAGGCGGCUGCAAUGAUCUCCUAUACAGUGGGCACAUGCUUGUUGCAGUCCUUACAGCUAUGGCUUGGACGGAAGCAUAUGGAGGUUUGAGUUCAGCUUUUAUCUGGAUGCUAGUAGCGCACAGUGCCCAAAGAGAAGUAAGGGAAAGGCAUCAUUAUACAGUAGACUGCAUCGUAGCGAUCUAUGUCGGAUUCUUGUUGUGGAAGAUGACAGGGUUUCUGUGGCCACUCAAGAACAUAUCUCGACAAGCAAGGCUAAAGCAGUUGGAAAAGAUCGAGGGGAAGCUUUACCAAGCGGCUAAAGAUUCGGACUUGAACCAAGUGCGAGACCUCCUAAAACAAGUCGACUCUGCCGGUCAAAACAAGAAUCAAGUUGGCAGGGAGAGGGCUAUGCAAUUUUUUGCUGGCGGAACCAUCAUUUUUGCGCUUACUGUCGUUGUUCUGGCCUUUGUUUUAACUAGUGAUGGGUAAUCAAUGCGUUGUUGUAUGAUAGUUUUAGAACACGAAUUUUCCACUCAUAAACAAUGAACACGAAGAGGUAAUUUAGAUUCAAUUUGUUGGGUGGUAUUUGCAUCAUUUGUUCCUGUUAGUGUGGUCAAUCCCAGUUGUUUAGUAGGAACGAAGGAAAAUAUAAUGACUUGUUCAUCUUGGUU